CACUUCUGAAACUUGUGGCUUCCUCAGAGCUUCAGACACUGAAAACCCUCACAUUUCACACUCACUGCAGUCUGUGCUCCAGACCUGAUCAUCUGAGGAAUAAUCAGCAACUUUACGAGCAAUGGAGGAAAUUUAUGCCAAUGUGGAACUUGCAGAACCUGCCAGUCCAAAACGUUCCAGGAAUCAAACUGGUCCAAGGAGUUCUCAGAGGAGUUUUCAUUCAGUUAUUCUCUGUUUGGGGCUGCUGAGUGUUUUCCUGCUGGUUGGACUCAUCGUCCUCGGUGUCCUCUACCGUGACUCGGCUGCAGAUUUAUCCUCCAUCAAAGAAAACCUGACUGAGCAUCUGCAGACCAGCAAUGAUGAACUUUCCUCCAUGACAGAAGAGAGAAACCGCCUGAAUGCCAGCCUCACUGAAAUGACUAAAGAACGGGACAGACUUCAGACUUUGUCCAAACAGAUACCAACAUGUCCUGCAGGAUGGAAGAUGUUCAGUUGUACCUGUUAUCUCCUCUCUCAAGCAUCUGAUUCCUGGACCAAUGGCAGGGAGGACUGCAAAAGACAAGGAGCAGAUCUGGUGGUGAUAAACAGCGCUGAAGAACAGACAUUUCUCUCUAUGUUCGCCAACAAACCAACUUGGAUUGGGUUGAAUGACAUCCAAACAGAAGGGACCUGGAUGUGGGUGGAUGGAACUCCUCUGACUCUGAGCUACUGGGACACAGACGAGCCUAACAAUGGUGGUGAAGAGGACUGUGCUCAAAUCAGAACUGCUCACAACACUCUUUGGAAUGAUGUUCCAUGUACAUCGUCUCUGCAGUGGAUCUGUGAAAAACUUCCAUAAUGUUACUGCAAUGUUUGUUUGAAGGUCAUAUAUUUAAAUGCUUUACAGUUUGAGCUAAGAUUGUUAUAUUUCAUCCCGUAGCUUCAGUAUUUGUCUGUGGCUAAAUGUAUGCAAACUUUGAAAUGCAUCUACCGCUGAUAACGCAGCUGUUUCUUCCUAUGCCAACAUUUUCCUUUUUCUAAAGAUGGUGCAUUCAGAUAUUAAUAAAAAAGUGUAUAUCCA